ACUUCAACAGCUGUAAUAAUCAAAGAAACAGUGUCAGCAAUAAAAACACAGAAAGAAACUGCAAAAGUCAAUAAGGGCAACCUAUGCCUUUUGGCCCCCAUUCCAUUGCUAACACAAAGACUUUCUCAACAAAACCAGACGCUUAUCUAGUCUUCCAAACCAUCCUCUAUUCCUAUUCUAUCAAUCAAUCAAUAUUAUAAGACUUGUUAUGUUCUUCCUGUAAUAUUUUUUCUUUCUUCUUCAUCCUUCAACCAUUAAUUUAGAGACCACCCACUUCCCUUGCAGAUCUUUUUCUGGAGAAAAGUUUAGAUUUUUUCAUCGUUUUUGUGAUAAGAGUUAGAUGUUGAGUGAUAGACGGAAAGGUUGAGGUGGGGCUGGAUUAUAUGGAUAGUCUUUGUUGCUUCAGUUCUGUCAGUCAGGUGGUUGGAGGGCGUUCUUCAUGUAACUCUGGCAAAGGCAAGAGCAGCCAGUCCUCGGUCAAGUAUGGCUAUAGCCUGGUUAAAGGGAAAGCAAACCACCCGAUGGAGGACUAUCAUGUAGCAAAGUUUGUCCAGUUCGAAGGGCGAGAGCUCGGGCUUUUUGCUAUAUAUGAUGGACACCUCGGAGACAGUGUACCGGCCUUUUUACAAAAGAAUCUCUUUUCUAAUAUCUUGAAGGAAGAGGACUUCUGGAAUGAUCCAUUCAUGUCCAUUUCUAAUGCUUAUGAGACAACAGAUCGGGCAAUUCUUUCUCACAGUCCUGAUUUGGGGCGAGGAGGAUCAACUGCAGUGACUGCAAUUCUUAUAAAUAAUCAGAACUUAUGGGUAGCAAACGUGGGAGAUUCACGAGCUGUUGUGUCAAGGGGAGGGGUGGCUGCACAGAUGACAACUGAUCAUGAGCCCAAUACUGAGCGGGGCAGUAUUGAGAACAGAGGUGGCUUUGUCUCAAACAUGCCAGGAGAUGUUGCAAGAGUGAAUGGGCAGCUAGCAGUUUCUCGAGCCUUUGGAGACAAAAACCUUAAAACACACUUGCGAUCUGAUCCUGAUAUUCAGUAUGCUGAUAUCACCCCAGAUAUUGAGCUUUUGAUACUUGCUAGUGAUGGUCUAUGGAAGGUAAUGGGAAAUCAAGAGGCUGUUGAUAUUGCAAGAAAAAUAAAAGAUCCACAAAAGGCAGCGAAACAACUAGCCACUGAGGCAUUGAACAGAGACAGUAAGGAUGACAUUUCCUGCAUUGUAGUUCGUUUCAAGGGUUGAAAAAGGGAAAAUACACACACUCUAAAUUCAGGGUAUAUAUAUAUAUAUAUAUAUAUAUUCUACAUAUCAAGGCUUCCCCAUAAAGAUGCAAUUCCAUACAUGAAAUCCGUUAUCAAUUUGGAAUUUUCUGCACAAUAGGUUUUGCCCCUUCCUUUCAUAUGUAAAAAUAUAAAAUUUAAGCUGUUGAAUUUAGGUCUUGCCAUUUAGUAUUACUUGAUUUCUUCGUUGUGUAGAUUCACACCAUAAUUUUUCUUUGUAAUAUGCGUUAUGUCAUGUGGUGGAGCAGUGUGAAGAAGAUGGGCGCAGUUUAUACAUUGAACAUGGGAUUUGUGCAUUUGUUUUAAAGUGAGUGUAUGAUAUACUUGAAGUGACCCUAGCUUGAGUUGCUUAAUCCCUGGCUACAAUUCAAGCGACUAUAGCAAUUGUUUGAGACAUGGAUUAUUAUUUUGUUCACAUUUUCCAUUUUUUUUCUCCUCUUUUUGUUGAGGGGUAUAUUUGAAAGCUCAAUCCAUUCAACUUUUCAA